AAAGCAGCUCGAGCCUCAGUCGCGCACUGGCAGCAUGGCAGGAGACAGCGACAGCAAGCUGGACAAUCACGCCGAAAACGAGCAUGUUGACUGGCAACCUUUCCUCAUCGGGGUAGCCGGCGGCACUGCCAGCGGCAAGUCAUCAGUUUGUGGGAAGAUUAUGGAGCUGCUGGGCCAGAAUAAGAUCGACCAUCACCAGAGGCAGGUGGCCAUCCUCAGUCAGGACAGUUUUUACAGGGUACUGACCCCUGAACAGAAGGCUAAAGCUCUGAAGGGACAAUUUAACUUUGAUCAUCCAGAUGCGUUUGAUAAUGAGUUGAUAGUCAAAACCCUGUGUGAAAUCAUGGAGGGAAGAACGGUCCAAAUUCCAGUCUACGACUUUGUUACGCAUUCAAGGAAAGAAGAAACGGUCACUGUUUACCCAGCGGACGUGGUUUUAUUUGAAGGCAUCCUCAUGUUUUAUUCGCAAGAAAUCCGCGAUCUGUUUCAGAUGAAGCUGUUUGUGGAUACAGAUGCAGAUACACGUCUGUCCCGCAGAGUCCUGAGAGACAUCAGUGAGAGAGGUCGUGACCUGGAGCAAGUGCUAAACCAGUACAUAACAUUUGUUAAGCCUGCCUUUGAGGAGUUCUGUCUGCCGACAAAGAAGUAUGCUGAUGUGAUCAUUCCAAGGGGAGCUGAUAAUCUGGUUGCCAUCAAUCUGAUAGUUCAGCACAUUCAGGAUUUUUUGAAUGGAGGCUUGACCAAACGCUUGAACGGAUGCCUCAACGGCCACACACCCCGAAAACGGCAUCCGUCAGAGUCCAGCAGCAGGCCGCAUUGACCAGAUCUCCACCACUACGUCAGGGAAUGAAUGUCUGAAGGACGGAUGGAUUGCUUGAGCAUUCUGUUAAUUAGCCAACACUGUAUAUGACGAAAACAAACAAAAAAAAAUCUAAGACUGCCUUUGCUUUCACUCUGCUUUCUUUUGUUUUGGACUGGCUACACUUGACAUUUUAUGGAGUUUCAAAGCUUCUGCGAUUUGUUAAAGGUCAAAAUGGAUAUUUCCUCAUUAUUUAUUUUUAUUUUUUGUACCUCUUUAAGACUGUUGCGUCAAAAGGGGGGAAAUGCAGAUAAUUAAACAUUACAUGACUCUGUGAUAACGAGGAUUGAAUAUUAAGUUAUUUUUAUUUUAUACCUAUAGAUCUUUUUAAUAUCAGAAAGGACUACAUUUGCAAAUUUAUUUAAAUACAAUUUUUUUUUUUUUUUUUUUUUUGCAUCACUAAAAUGCUCUUUGGAGGCCAAAAACGAUUGUUUUAAAUUCACUUUUAUUUUUUCUUGAUUACAAGGUUUUAAUAUUCUGGCAUUAUUUAUAUAAAUUUAUAAUAUCAGUGUUUCUUGCAGAGAGAUAAACAUUUAUCUCCCGCUUGCUUAACUUGAACUUUUCAGGCAGUGCUGCUACGUCACAACAGGCCUCUCAGGGUGUAGUUAUUUAAAAUAACAACCAUAAGGCUGUAUUUUACAGUAUGCAGAAGACACCUCUGAAUUUAAAAGGGAACUAACUGAACAAUUUGUGAAUGUGGUCCAUCUUAUGUACAUGUAUCACACUCUGAUAUGAAAUAAACUGAAAGUGAUAUUUAGUGUAACACUGAUUAUUUACAAAGAUAACAUCUGAUCCUCAUUAAACAUGGUCAUGUACUUUAAAUCAAGCUCAGUGGUUGAUUGUGCAGUAUGAAAAAUGAUCUGUUUGUCAAGAGAUUUAUGUUCAUAUACUAUGCACUGUACCCUUGACUCUAAUAAUGCAAUUUGACACUCAGUUUAUGACUCUCUUUAAUUAGAUUCGUGAGAGGCAUUUAUACAAACAUUUGCUUACUUGAAAGGAAUUCUCAGAGUUUCUUCUGGUAUUCUUUCUUUCUGUUAUUGUCGGCUUUUAAACUGAUUGAACCACUAUGCCACCUGUGUUUUGUGACCUUUUUUUAGGCUACCCAUAGAAAAUACACCAUGAUGCCACUUUGGUCAGUCUUUGACAACUCACCAAAGAGUUAAUUUUAGCAUUUUUCAACACUUUUGCAAUUUAAUACGUUUAAUUUUCAAGCAUUUUAUGUGGAUCUUAAAUGGAAAAGUCACUGACCAACUUUAAUUCUGCCAUAACUUACUCAACCAUGUCUACUUCCAAACCAGAUAGAUUUUUGUAUCGUUGUUGUUCUGUUGUGUCAUGGUGGCGCAGUGGGUAGCAUGAUCACCUCACAGCAAGAAGAUUGCUGGUUUGAACCUCUGCUGGGCCAGUUGGCAUUUCAGUGUGGAGUUUGUAUGUUCUCCUCGUAUUGGCGUGAGUCUCCUCCGUGUGCCCCACAGUGCAAAGACAUGCCCUAUAGGUGAAUUGGAUAAGCUAAAUUGGCUGUAGGGUAUGUGUGUGAAUGAGAGUGUAUGGAUGUUUCCCAGUGUUGGGUUGCGGCUGAAAAGGCAUCUGCUGCGUAAAUCACAUGCUGGAUUAUUUGGCGUUUGAUUCCGCUGUGGCAAGCCCUGAUUUAUAAAGGGACUAAGCCGAAAAGAAAAUGAAUGAAUGAAUGUUGUUCUGUUGAUCAGAAAAGAAGAUAUUCUGAAGCAUGUUGAAAACCUGUAACCAUUGACUUCCAUAGUAUUGGUUUUUCCUACUAUGGAUGUCAAUGGUUACAUGUUUUCAACAGUCUUCAAAAUAUCAUCUUUUGUGUUCAACAGAAUAAACUCAAAGUGGUUUGGAACAAACAAAGGGUGUGUAAAUGAUGGCAGAUUUAAAUUUUUUUUUGGUAAACUAUACCUGUAUAGCUACAAAGAAGCACUUGUUCAUGUGAACCAGAACAAUCCAACCUUUAAACCUGACUGUAAAAUUUCCCUUUGACCUUAAAAUUGGAUAAUCGUUGAUCCAUGAACUGUUCCUGUUCAGCAUAAUUGUAUUGUAUUUAUUUUCUGGUUGGCCCGCAUUCGCAUUGCUGCUAUGAUACAGGGUGACACAUUUUAUCUUGUGUAAAAAAAUUACAGGUGAUCAAAAACUGAAUUAUGUAAAUAAUUAUUUGACUGAAUUAUUUGAUGGGCUUAAAUCAUUGCAUUUAUUAAGAGUUGUCUACAGUUCUGUCUGAGCCAGAUGCAAACGUAUCAAUAAUACUUUUUGUGACACAUGAAUACUUAUUUGGUUGUCAGAGGCACUCUGCUUAUUUGGUCAAAAUUGUAGAAAAUAUUACAAAUCUUUGGUUAACUUCUGGUCCUUAUUUAGAUAUUAAACGUGUGAUUCAGUCAUGAAUUUAUAUGAGAUGUCUGCAUUGCAACAGAUUUUGUGCCAUCACAAUAUUUUCUGUGUAUGUUCAAUUAUAGACUUUUAUUUUCAUGAUGAAUCCCUUUCCAUGUUACAUGAGCUAAGCAGCACUGUAAAUAUUACUUUUUUAAACAAAACUGGGUAACUCAAACAUCCUGGCUGUUGAACACAAGAUACUCAUACCUUUUGUCAGAGGCUUUUGAUAUAUUAGCACAGAUUUAAACACCAGCUUUUAAAAAUGCAGUACAUUUUACAAGCAAUCAUUUUCACACAGCCACGCAUAAGCCCUGGAUAAAUUCAGGAUUUCAUAACCGUUAUCAUUUCAACUCACACACUCAGUGUGUAACCCUACUUGACUGGAAAUGAUGCAAAAUACUACACUUUGUUUCGUUUUACUUCAAUUUAUGGGAUUCCAAAGAUGUAAACUGUUGUCAUUAUUUAAUGUGAAGUUAUUGUUUUUGGUUCCCACCCUACUGUCUGUAAUUCCGUGACAAUUAUGUGAUAACCUGUAUGUAUUUAUGUUAAUAUUAGACAUUAGACAGAUUGUCUGGAGGCUUUUGGAAGGGAUUUCAGAAGUAUGGUGUUCUGCAUGAUGUAUUAUAUGUUCAGUUAUUGAUGCCUUUGAGUUGUGGUGCUUGCAAAAUGGUGCAGAUUGCAAAGAAAGCCAAAACUAAUAUAAAACCAGAAAAGGUUGCAUGCUUGUGUUGUAGGACCAAACAACUACAGUUGCAAGGCUUUAAACAGUGUUUCUGUGACAUUGCAAUGAUUAUAAACAACAACUGAUCUUGAAAUGAAGCUGGAAAUAGGUGUCCAUGAUUACUGUACCAUCAUGUAAAUGUGUAAACAAUCGCAGACAGUUGUAUAACAAAGUGAUUAACAGCAAAGCUGAAUAAAAUAAAAGUUUUUGUACUCCUCCA